GCAGCAGCCUCGCCCGACCGCAACUACAAUCACACUCAGUUCGUGUUCACUCGAGGGUCGUGCUUGGAGACUUACGUGUUUUAUCCAGAUACACGCACGUUUCCUACCGCCAAUCGCCCAGUGACUCGCAAUCGCAGCGACGAUAUCGAAGUUCGACGAACCGGUGUGAUAAGAACAACGCGUUCGCGAUCGAAUCAAGUUUUUUGUCGAGUGAGUUUUUUGACUUUGUGCCCUCGCGACAAAUUUGCUCCGAAAAAAAAAAAAAAAAAAAGGAUUAAGCAUGCAGAUGCACGAGCAGCUCAUCAUGGUCGACGGACAAGAGCAGCCGAUCUCUAGAACGUAUCAGUACCGGAAGGUGAUGAAACCGAUGUUGGAGCGCAAACGUCGAGCGCGCAUCAAUCGUUGCCUGGACGAGCUCAAGGAUCUGAUGGUGACCGCAUUGGCCGGCGACGGCGAGAACGUGGCAAAACUGGAGAAGGCGGACAUUCUGGAGCUGACGGUGCGUCACUUGCACAAGCUUCAGCGUCAGCAACGUCUGUCAGCGAAUCCGGUAAUCGAUGCUGAUCGCUUCCGCGCCGGUUACACGCACUGCGCGAACGAGGUGAGCCGCUGUCUCGCCGCGACCCCCGGAGUCGAUGUCGCCCUGGGUACUAAAUUGAUGACACAUCUCGGCCACAAACUCAAUUCCAUGGACAAGACCGGACCGCUGACCAUUCACGUAACCGCGCCGCAAUCCUCGCCGUCGUCUUCCAGCGAGCUCAGUUCCGACGAUUACUCGAUGCCUUUGACACCAGCGUCCAGCCAACCAUCCCCGGUGCGAACCGACAUCGAAGCCGUCUCCCAGAGCCACCAGGGUCUUCUGCAAGUGGCUAAACCCAACGAGCCCAUUUGGCGACCCUGGUAAAAACGGACGAAAGCCCGGCGGAAUUAUUCGGGAACCGGCGAAACGAAGAUUCUUCGAAAAAGUUAUUCGAAGGAUCCGGCAGCCGGUGUUGCAAUCUCGUCUGUGAUCCGUCACGUGACCGGAACGAAAAUGCCGCGAUUGGGAAAGCAAGGAUGUGGACGAGAACGAGAGGUUCUACCUGCGCGGCACCACGAAGAAGCAACCUUUCCUGGGUGUUUCAUUUGCUCAAGAACACACGAAUCGCCGACGCGCCGACGACGAACAUCACGUUCUGUCAACCUUCGGGCCGCCAUAUCCAGCGACGUUCCACGAUCGCGAGACACUGGGAUCUCGAUAUACGUAGUUUUUCGCGGCCGCGCGCACGGCUGAAGCUUUAAUUUACUUGAACAGAGUUAGAUGUUUUUCUAUUGUUUAUUUCAUACUUUUAUCGAUGAUGUUUUUUUUUAUUCGCCGAUAUAAUAACGUUGUUGUAUGAGUCUCUCCACCCCGGUCGGAAACACAAACACCGGACGACGACAAACAACAGCGGAUGAUCUCUCGAGGCGA